AUGUAUGUCACUCUACAAUGGAUUCAAUAUAUCAUCAAUUUUUUCCAAGACGAGGUGUUCUUUUCCUCGGAUUUUCGUUGGUCAAGUGCAAAUUCAUUUUCAACACUGGCUGGUUUCUGUGAACUAGCGAACAAAGUGAUAACUGAUAAUUUGAUAACAUUUUCAUUGAAUCAGUAUGUGAGCACGACAGUGACGCCAGUAGAUCUGUUCAACUCACAAGUUCAAGUACUCGUCGAUCAGUUCAAAUCGUCAAUCACAAAUACCUUCAUUAUUUCGUUGAACGCCAUAAGAAGCACAACUCAGAGUAAUGGUCUUUAUUCUGCAUUAGUAACCAAUUACCAAUUGGUAAUACUACCUGGAAGUGCUUCUUUAGCUAGAGGCGGAUAUUCAUACUCAAAUUGCAGCUGUAUCGUCUCCGCGAAAUGCUUGAGACCGUUUCCAAUUUUCAACUAUCCGAAUACUACACCUAUUUACACGGUACCUGGCAUGUAUCGAGGAUGUUUCAUCGUUGAGGCUCUUCUUCAGUCCAAUUUGCAAUGUUUCUAUGAUCGAAAUUGUUUAAAUCAAUUACAAUCCUAUUUCAUUUCAUCAACAUCAAUCAAUCUUACUUCUCUCGAUUCAUCAUUAUCAACACAUUACUCGAUUAACUCAACAAUCGAACAACUUCUUGAUGAAUUAAUGAUCGAACAAUGGAAUAUUUCAAUUACAUACAAAAACUAUUAUGAUGAAUGUCAACCAAAGGAAUGUAGUUACAUACAUGAAGCAAAGAAUAGCAUAGUUUAUGUUAUAACAGCACUGAUUGGUCUUUUGGGUGGAUUAAUAACUAUUUUGCGUCUGAUUAUACCGAGAUUGGUGACAUUGGUAAAAAAAUACAAAGAAACACGAAGAAUUGAAAAUGUUCAAAAUCCCGAUGAACUGAGCCGCAGUCUAAUUCAAAAAUUAAAACAGUAUCUUAUAACGUUAAAUCUGUUUGAGUCAAUUCCACCUACAACUGAUCAACAUCAACUUCGAAAUCAAAAGAUAUCAACAAGAAUAUUCAUUUUCUUUCUUCUCUCUUCAUUGAUCAUUCUCUUCUUAUACAAUUCGCUCAUUACAAUCAUUCAAACAUCGACCAUUCCAAAUCCAACAUAUGAUCAGUAUUUACAACAUUAUUCACUUUAUUCACAAUCAUUAACAUGUCCAUGUACAAAAAUACUAACCAACUAUGACACGUUUCUUCACAUUGAUUACACAUUACAUCAAGUGUGUACCAGCAUGUAUGUCACUCUACAAUGGAUUCAAUAUAUCAUCAAUUUUUUCCAAGACGAGGUGUUCUUUUCCUCGGAUUUUCGUUGGUCAAGUGCAAAUUCAUUUUCAACACUGGCUGGUUUCUGUGAACUAGCGAACAAAGUGAUAACUGAUAAUUUGAUAACAUUUUCAUUGAAUCAGUAUGUGAGCACGACAGUGACGCCAGUAGAUCUGUUCAACUCACAAGUUCAAGUACUCGUCGAUCAGUUCAAAUCGUCAAUCACAAAUACCUUCAUUAUUUCGUUGAACGCCAUAAGAAGCACAACUCAGAGUAAUGGUCUUUAUUCUGCAUUAGUAACCAAUUACCAAUUGGUAAUACUACCUGGAAGUGCUUCUUUAGCUAGAGGCGGAUAUUCAUACUCAAAUUGCAGCUGUAUCGUCUCCGCGAAAUGCUUGAGACCGUUUCCAAUUUUCAACUAUCCGAAUACUACACCUAUUUACACGGUACCUGGCAUGUAUCGAGGAUGUUUCAUCGUUGAGGCUCUUCUUCAGUCCAAUUUGCAAUGUUUCUAUGAUCGAAAUUGUUUAAAUCAAUUACAAUCCUAUUUCAUUUCAUCAACAUCAAUCAAUCUUACUUCUCUCGAUUCAUCAUUAUCAACACAUUACUCGAUUAACUCAACAAUCGAACAACUUCUUGAUGAAUUAAUGAUCGAACAAUGGAAUAUUUCAAUUACAUACAAAAACUAUUAUGAUGAAUGUCAACCAAAGGAAUGUAGUUACAUACAUGAAGCAAAGAAUAGCAUAGUUUAUGUUAUAACAGCACUGAUUGGUCUUGUUGGAGGUCUCAUAAAGAUUUUAAAAAUUGUUAUUCCAACGAUUGUGAAGCUGAUUGAUUGGAUAGUUCAAAAAUGA